UAGCAUUUUACAUGAAAAACGGAGUAGAAACUGCUAGGCUGCAGUGAUAUAGUUACAGCAAUAUAACUGAUACAGUCUAAACAGUGCAAUGUCAUUUUCCCCCUUAAGAGGGCAGUCUUUUUUUGUUUUGCUUUUUUACUGAAUGAUGAACUACAGUAAAUGACUGAAACGGGACACAACGUUUUAAAAACAAACUACACUUAACAAAGCGGCAUAGCGAUUAUUAUCAUGCGUUGAAAAACCUGGAACUCGCUACAUUUUCUUUCUUUCGGAUGCAAUAAUAUGAGCUGCAUUGUCCAGCCCAUAACGCCCCCAAACGGAAGACGCCAAACUUUUGUUUCUCUACUGUAGUACGUAGCGUUUGAAAGCGACAUUCAUUAAAAGCACACUUGCUUUACUGCGUUCUUCUGUACAGAAUGGAUCGUGAAAACAUCGAACUGAACGGUGUCGCUGGCGCGGGUCCUGCCGACCAUGAGUCCUCAUCCUAUCGUCGCAGCAGGAGAAAUGCCCCGUUCAACAUGAAUCACUAUGCCAACAAGAAGAGCGCUGCGGAGAGCAUGCUGGACAUUGCGCUGCUCAUGGCCAAUGCCUCCCAGCUGAAAGCCGUGGUGGAGCAGGGGCCCUCCUUCAGCUUCUACGUCCCGAUCGUGGUCCUCAUCAGCAUAUCCCUCAUACUGCAAGUCGUUGUCGGGGUGCUGCUAAUAGUCAUCGUAAAAUACGACCUGAAUGAUGAAAAUAGGCAAGCCCGGCUGGACCUUCUCAAUAAUAUUGCGACCGGGCUGGUAUUUAUCAUUGUGGUUGUGAAUAUCUUCAUCACAGCGUUUGGAGUUCAGAAAUCAGUCCCACAAAACCUGAAGCAAUAGACUGGAAACCGAGAACCUGCAUGUCUUCCAUUUUCAAAGCGCUCCCUGGUAUCUUCAUUCAGCAACCCGGGACUACAGAGAGAUGAUAAACACAACUCAGAUUCAUCAGCACAGCGGGCCCUGAGAAGAGGUUUGGUUUACGAAGGAAACAGAACACAGAACACGGAACACAGCCCAAAAGCCUUGAUUUAUCAGCAGUCACACCUCAUAGGCUCCUUCCUUCUUUACAGGGUCUUUGGACUUUUAGACCCCAAUGAAAUCUACCAAGUUACAGCAAUAUGCUUUGUAAAGUCAUUGUUUCACAAAACCCUGUUUUUAUCACAUCAGGGGAGGACACAUUGUAAUACAUUUUUAAUUGCUGUAAUGUGACUCGUUGCGAUUAUUCUCCAUCAUUAAUUGUGUAAAGUGUCUGAAAAGAGCCUAGGCUUAACUACUGUACUAGAUAUAUUCCUUGUAUUGCAAAUACACUCUGCUACCCCAUCCACGUCCUUUUUUUUUAAGGUCAAGAUUUUAUAGGAGUAAUUUAUAUAUCAUUUGUAUAUUCUUCAUUCAAAUUGAAAAAAAAUGGUAUAUAGAAACAGUAUUUUCUUAAAACGCUAAAGGGGUUAGUAGUAGUAUAAAGUUUGACUACAAUGCAUGGGUAGUGGGGUCUACAACAUUAUCCAAACAAAGCACUUACUGGCACUACGCUGAGGUCAUCGGGUAUCCUGAUCUAAACUGGGUGUUUAGUGGGGGAAUGGGUUUUUAAUUAGGAACAUUACAGUAUUCAUCGGCAUCAAUUUCAGCUUCAUCAAAUAGACCUUCAUCAAUGGCCAUUUUAUCAUUUCAUUCCAGCAGGAGCCCAGACCAUGGUGACAACAUUUCAGUUUCUGUUGUGAGUUUACAGACCUUCUCUUGGGAGGGUUGUUUUGGAGCAAGGGCUCCCUCUAGGGCCUCGACUGAUAAACUGCUUUAUAUAAAUCUGUUAUUUACAAAAUAAUGUACAUGCCUUAACUAAGCUUUUUCUACCAAUUGUUUCGUAUUUCCUACACCUUUUUUUUUUUUUUUAAAGCAAUGCUUUCCCUUGCUAUACUGUGGAUCUGUACAUAAAGUGAAUAGCAAUAUUACAGGAAUUUAGAUUUUCUGUGAAAGAAAGAAACCAAGAAAGGGGUUGGUCACCCGAAUCUUGGGCAUUAAUGUUUGUUUUUUAAUCAAAGUUAAUUUUAAAUUUAAUUUCCGAUAUGUUAGUGAAUAGUAUUAUAUGUGUCACAGUGAUAAUACAUGUUCUUUUUAUGUAAAGUAGAUUUUAUUUGUAUAUUAUUUAAUGUUUUAUUAUAAUAGGGUCUAUUUGAUUCAUUUUAAACGGUGACAGAUCUAAAUGCUGGCAUUGUUUUAAAUGUUUUUUAAACUAAGUAAAAUACCAGGUUUGGUACUGUUUCUGUUUAAUGAAAUGCAUAAUUUUUUAAACUUAAAAAAUACCACAUAAUCUGUUUUUAUUGCUAGUGUGAGAUUAUAAAAUGUUUAUAUUGAUUUGUACUUCGUGUCACCAGUACCUACUAGACAAUAAGAUGUCAGAAUCCCUGUGUGCAUCAGUCUCUCACAUUCCAUUCCUACAAUAGCAAUGAUAUAAGCAUGUGGACUUUUUAUUACUCGGUAUAAUGCAGAGAAAGGCAUGAAUAUGGUCCUCACAGAUCUAAAGAGUUUUAGCAUGUGACUUCAUUUUUAUUCAACUGUCUUUUAAUCUUUUACGUUAUUCAGGAAUACAACAACGCAGAAAAUAUCUCCCUUCAGAACAAUCUAAAAAAAAAAAAAGCUGCAAAGUGUAAGAAUGCAUAUAACAAAAAAAUUAAAUAAAAUGCAUCUUGAAAAAUAAAGUGUGCAGAAAAUGUGACUUGUUUCAAGAAACCACAAGAAGAUGGAUAAAACAUUUUAAAAGUGGAGAAUCUAGCAAUAGUAUUUAUACGAUUUUUCUGCAGACCCUUGCUUUGUACUGUAUGUGCAGUAUGUACUACCAACAAUAUACAGUUUAUGAAAAGCUGCUGCUGGCACUUGUUCACCCAGUGUGCUGGCAUUUUUCAGAGUAAAAUAGACCCCCUUCUGUUUAUUCAUUCAGGAAAAAACAGUUCUCUCCCUUGUUUACAAAAUCCCUUUGUGGUUUUAAGUAUUAAUCGUCUUAAGCUUAGACUGGCUUUCUGUCUGGAUGUUUGUGUGUACGAUAUUAAUGGAUACAGGCUGAGUCACAAGUGACGCAACAGAGGAAAUUAUGUACAUUUGGAAUUGGUCGAAUGAUGUGCUAUUCUGUUAUGGCAGGCAUCAAUCUCUGCAUAGAGAUGUCCAUACAUUGCUAUAUAUGCAAUCAGCAACAAAAAGGGAAUCGCCUACUGUAUUCUGCAGACAGAACAAAUCAGCUUCGCUUUGUGGUCCUCUCACCCCCACUGCAAGAGAGGAUACAAUAAGAGACACCCAACACAUAGCUUAGGAUAGUAUUAACAGUAGUAUAACCCGUUCUGUUAUUCUAAACUAAUAACUAAAUAUGUCACAUGCCUUGGCUAAAAAUGCUUUAUUUGAGCCUCAUUUACAUUUAUAUUAAAAGGUUGGCCCACUUGGCAAUAAUGCACUUUUUGUUAUUAAUGUAAUCAAAUUUUGUUAAGUUUUAUUAAACAAAAUUAAUAUAUAUAUAUUAUCUUCUUGCUGUGUUUUGUCUUUUUUCUUUAACAG